AUGACCGGCCAAUCGAAGCCUGUACGCCUCUCUCCAUGGGGCAGCGCCGUUGCGGGUGCAACGGGCGCCGUGUUGGCAAAUGCGAUGGUAUACCCGCUGGAUCUGGUCAAGACGAAAUUGCAAGUCCAGGUCAAGCAAACCAAAGGCCAGGAAACAGAAGAGGGAGUUGACCACUAUGAUUCGACCAUUGAUGCAAUCACCAAGAUCGUGGAAAAAGAGGGCGUGAGCGGACUGUACUCUGGAAUGAUGGGCUCGCUGCUGGGUGUCGCCUCCACCAAUUUCGCGUACUUUUACUGGUACAGCGUUGUCCGAACCCUCUAUAUGGCCUCCCACAAGACCCCGAAGCCCCCAGGUACGGCCAUCGAGCUGUCUCUUGGCGCUGUUGCGGGUGCCGUGGCCCAGAUCUUCACCAUCCCGGUGGCCGUGGUCACCACCCGGCAGCAAACCCAACCCAAGGGAGAGAAGAAGGGCCUCAUUGAGACUGGCCGGGAGGUCGUGGAGAGUGAAGAUGGCUGGUCCGGCCUGUGGCGCGGCCUGAAAGCCAGCUUGAUUUUGGUUGUCAACCCCGCCAUCACUUAUGGAGCUUAUCAGCGACUGAAGGACGUCUUUUUCCCGGGCAAGAACAACCUAAAGCCAUGGGAGGCCUUCUUCCUUGGUGCGAUGUCCAAAGCUCUGGCCACCAUCGCGACUCAACCUCUGAUCGUCGCCAAGGUUGGUCUGCAGUCUCGUCCCCCGCCCAGUCGCAAGGGCAAGCCUUUCAAAACAUUCGGUGAGGUCAUGAAAUAUAUUAUUGAGAAUGAAGGUGUUCUUUCCCUCUUCAAGGGCAUCGGUCCGCAGAUCAUGAAAGGCCUUUUGGUACAGGGUCUUCUAAUGAUGACCAAGGAAAGGAUGGAGCUCCUUUUCAUCCUUCUAUUUGCCUAUCUCCAGCGUAUCAAGAAAGAGAAGCUGCGAAAGGCCGUUGACGUUGCUGCGUCAAAGGCCCAAGCCAGCAUGCCCGCAACCCUGAAAUAA